AUGCGACUCCCGACUAUUUCGCUGGAGUCGGAUUCUGAUGGGGAAGUCAUGCAGUCGCCGAGUCGCCGACCCAAAUCGAAAACCAGCGAACCGGUGCGUCGCCGUCGCGAGAUCGUCCUCGCGGAAGACUGCGGCACGUCGUCGCCACAGUCGCCACGGCGAUCGCAGUCGCUGCGACGACCCUCGAAGUCUUCGGCGUCGCCGCCGCCGCCGACGCCAAUGUCGGGCCUCUGCGACAUGGGACCGCUUUUCCGGACGGCGAGCCUGCGAGUGAAGCAGCAGCUGACGGCAAGGCUCAGCGAGCCUUUGAGACUUGCCGAGAAUCUGAACCGGUCGAUGAACAAGCUUCUGGCGACUGGAGAUGAUCAGGAUGAUCAUUUCCAACAUUAUAGUGUACUCCAUGCCGCGUCUUCCACAUCACUACAGAAGAAUGGUGAGCUGGAGUGACGUCAUAGAAGAGGUUGAUGACGUCAUUGGGAAUUCUGAAGAAAGGAACUUCAGAAGGUUUUUGGAGAAAGAGUUAAAUUGAGUAGCAGCCUCUACAAUUGUGAAAAGCAAAGAUUAAAAGGGAGUCAUUUUUUAAAGUUAGAAGUAAGAAAAAGUAGUUUUUCGAGAGUAAGAAAGGUUAUGAAGUCCUUUAAAAGCGGUUAAGAACAUUUACGACGUCAUUUUUAAAAUUAAAAAAAAGUGACGUCAUUUUUGAGAAACGUGAUGUCAUUUCGUGUAGUGCGGUAUUAUGACGUCACCAUGAAGAAAAAAGGAAUAUGUCAGCUAUUUAUGAAGCCUUAGAGAACCAGAAUCACGAUUUUAAUGACGUCAUUUUUUUGGAAAUAGUAUGUUAAUGACGUUAUCUUUAAGAAAAAGGGAUUAAUGACGUUUUUUUCAAGAUAUUUGAGAAGAGAGAGGGCAUCUAAAUUUUUGUGGAAAUAGAAGAGAGAAAUUUCGAAAAUAGUAGAAAAAUGACGUCAUUCUUUGAGAGGAACGAUGGGAAUUGUGUGACGUCAUCAGGUAAUUAUUGGGUGAUCGACUAAAAAUGAAAUUCGACUAUUUGAUUCAUUUUUCAGCCGAAGACGCCGGUUCGUCGAGCGAAGAUGAUGAUCCAGAAUAUCUGGAGCUCAUGGAAAGGGACAAUAUUAUCACGAGAUAUGAAAAGGUGAUUGCAAAUCAAGCUCAAAAGAAAGGAAAAUGAUUUUAUAGGGUCCUGACAGCCAGGAUGUUGAUCCGUGGGAAAAUCCGCAGUUUGACGUUUACGCCAAAACGGAUCGAUUUGGGUUCAUACAGUGAGUUUCAACGGGAAAAAUGAACUUCUUAGGAAGUGGCCCCUCAAGGGGUGAGGGGAGCUUUUGCGGGUCCCUCAUAGGAGUAACAUUGAAGUAGUCCCGGUAGGGGUUCUGAGCGAUAAUCCUUCUGAAGGCCUAGGGAUCCCUAUAAAAGUCUUUCAAAUUUUUAUUCAGAUUUGAAAAUUUAAAGGCAAACUUGAUCAGUUUCUCCUCUGUUCAUAUUUUUUUUCGUUAAAAAAAUGCUGAUUUAUAGACUUUUUUUCGUAUAGAAAUGCUUCUUCUUAUAGAAUUAAUUACAAUAAUCAAUUAGCAUCUCCUCUAUAGGGGCCACUUUUUCAAUCUUUAUGAGUCCCUAGAGGGGAACCUUUGAAAGCCCCUAAGUUUGCCCCGAUAGGGACCACUCUAGAGUUCCUGAGUUCGAAAAAAAAAACGUACUUUUUAGCAAAUCGAGCGACAAGGCCAGCGAAGAAGAACGAAAGCAUCAACGACGGGUUUUCAAAGAAUUGAGCCGCGAGAAAAAAUGGCUCAAAAUGAUUGAGGUCUAGUAAUGAACUAGUUGCCGGAUUUUGAAACAUUCUGACUUUUCUGCGUCUCUUUUCUCUCACAGAUGAGGUCAUAGAAACGUGAAAAUAGCACAUAAACACGAGAGGGAACAGUGGGUGCAGAGAAAUAAGACUUUCUCAAGUUUUGUCGAAUGGUCGGUAAUUAAUGAUAAUUAUCAUUAGCUGUUUUUUGGGAAUGGUCCAAUUUCGAGGUUUGAGCCUCAGGAGUCGUUUUCAACAUUUUUCAAAGGCCUAGUGCGAAAGUCGUUUCAAGUCGGCCGCAAACGGUUUUUUGGCGUCAGAGCCAUUCUAAGUGCGACCCUUUACUUUUAAUUGAAAGCUUGUUAUGUAGAGAAUAACAUAAAUUCGCUCAGAUUCAAAUUUUUUAAAUCAGUUUCAGUUUUUGCUUCAGAAGUUUUUGACAAAAAAAUAGGUUUUUAGGGUUCUAUUUUUCGUGAGACCAUUUAUUUUUGUUCUAAGGUCUUCUGAAAGAAAAAUGGCAUCGUUUGUCAAGAUUUUAGAAUCUCAGAACUUGUGUACCCAAUUUUUCAAGUUUUGCUUAAAAUAAUAGAAUAAAAAGAUCUUCUUUUUCAACAAACUCUAUGAAAAGUGCAACCUAAUCAACGAAUUUCCAGGACUGGAAAUCCGGAAAACCAUCGAAAAAGAUGGAGGACCGAGUCUGGAAAGGAAUCCCCGAGAAGCUUCGAUUAGUGGUGAGAUUUUCUAAAUCUUCCUGUCUUUAUUGAUUUUUAUCUCAGGUUUGGCCACGGUUACUUGGCGCCGAACGGAUGAGAGAAGAGAAAAAAGACGUUUACAUGAAUCUGUUGCUCAGAGCUCGUCUAGUCUCCAAGGACAUCAAACAGAUCGAUCUCGACAUCAAUCGGACCUAUAGGGACCACUUGGCCUUCCGGAAGAGAUAUGACGUCAAGUAAGGGCUUUUUCAUUGAUUUGAGUGACGUCAUAGGGGGGGGAGGGUUUUGAAAAAAAUUUUGGAAAUUUUUUUUUGAGGUCACAUUUUGAAAUGGCUCAAUGCGCCGCAAGAAAAAGAUUUUCAUUUUUCCUGCCUUUUAUCACUUUUUUUUUUCGCAUCCGACCAUAAGAAGGUUUACGCCUGACGAUAUUAAAAAGGGUUUGAAUAUUCAAGAAGUUUUUUUUGGAUCUUGCUCUCUGUAAAAAAAAAACCCUUGUCGCGUUUGAAAUGGUUAGAUGCGUUGCGGUCGCGCUGCGGCUGAGUUUUUGACCAUUCUUCUCCUCGAAUUGAAUAUUUCUUACGUCAUGCAGCCGACCAUGAGAAGGUUUACGCUUGAAGACAUCAGAAAAAAUUUGAAAAUUUGAAAAAAGUUUUAUUUGAAUCCAGUUCUUUGUGGAAAAAAUUUUUGGCCGCGUUUGGAAUGGUUAGACGCGUUGCGGCUCGGUUUUUAAACAUUUUAUCCUUUCCUAUUUUUUGCGCCCUGUAUCCGACCAUUUGAAGGUUUACGCGUGACUAUAUUAAAAGGUGUUUGAAAAUUCAAAAAUUUUUUUCGCAUCCAGCUAUCUGUAGAAAAAGAACUUUUUUGUCGCGUUUGGAAUGGUUAGAUGCGUUGCGGUUGCGCUGCAACUCUUCUUCUGAACAUUUUUAUCUUUGUCUAUUUUUUGCGCUUUUUUUUCUCGUCCUUGAAUCGUUCAUUUUUUGCGCUUUGCAGCCGACCAUAAGAGGGUUCAGCGCGAAAACAUCAGACAGCGUUUAGAAACUGCAAAACGUGUUUUAGAUAGGUCCAGUUGAGAUUCACGAAUUUUCCCUUUCAAAAUUAAAAGUUUUAAUCUCGAUUUCGUAUUUUUGAAUAUUUUUGGUCAUUCUUUAUAAAAUUAAGCUCCAAUUUUUCAAAAAUUUCAUGGAUUUUCAGACAAAAAUCAUUGCUCAACGUCCUCGCUGCCUAUUCAAUGUACAAUACAGAGGUUGGCUAUUGCCAGGGUUCGUUUUAUUUUUUUUUUCGAUUAAGAAGGAACACAAAUUAGAAUUUUUGACCCUACAAGAGUGAUUUUCUGUUACAGGGAUGAGCCAAAUCGUCGCCCUAUUUUUGAUGUAUCUGGACGAAGAAGACGCUUUCUGGUGCCUUCAUGCGUUGAUGGUCAGCCCCCGGCAUACGAUGCAUGGUCCGUUUUUUUAUUUUGAGAGGAAAAAUGACCCAUGAAAAAGCUAUUUUCUGUUAAAAUUAGUGGUUUUUUGGUCCUUUUGAGCCUCGCAAAUUGAAUUUUCAUGCUUGAAAUCGAUCAAUAUUGAUCAAAAAUGAUUCAUUGGCUAUGGAAAAAAAAAAAUUUAGGAGAGCAUUUGUAAUGGCUUAAUGCGUUGCGGACGCGCUGCGGCUCGAUUUUCAAAACUUUGAAAAUGGUUUCAUUAUUUUACGGUUUCGAAUCUCUUAUAAUACAUUUCUUUAUUUGAAUAAGAAUGUUCAUAGUCGUGGUGUCUCUAAAAAAAAAAGUUGUUUGCGUUUGGAAGUGCUCAAAUGCGUUGCGGUCGCGCUGCGGCUCAAUUUUCGAAACUUCGAAAAGUUUCAUUAUUUUGCGGUUUCGAAUCACUUAUAAUGAACUCCUUCUUUAAAUUACAAUGUUCAUCUUCCUAUUUUCUAUGUAAAAAAAAACUGUUUGCUUUUGGAAUGGAUCAGAGCGUUGCGGUCGCGCUGCGGCACGGCUUUUUGAAAUUUUUUGAAACAAUAGUUUUAUCAUUUUGCGGUUUCGAAUUUCUGAUAAAUUUCUUUUUUUGAAUAAGAAUGUUUGGUCCAACGCUUUUUAAGAAAAUGUUCUUGUCGCGUUUGGAAUGGCUCAAUGCGUUGCGGUCGCUAUGCCGCUGGGCUUUUUGAAAAACAAGUAUCAUUAUUUUGCGGUUUCGAACUUUCAAUAAUAGGUUUCUUGUUUUGAUUUUGAAUAUUUUUUCUUGUUUUGUCUGAAAAUGAUUUUGUCGCGCUUGGAAUGGCUGAAAGCGAAUAUAGAGAAUUUCUUUAGCCAUUCCACCUGCGACCAAUAUUUCAUUUCCAAAUCUCAAUUGGAAAAAAAGUUGAAAAAUUCAACAAUAAAUCUCUGACUUUUGAUAAAAAAAUUAAAAAUUUGCAGGCUUCUUCGUGCCGGGCUUCCCGAAAUUGUCGCGUUACGAGGAACAUUUCAAAAAAGUGCUCAAGAAAUAUCGACCACGGGUUUAUAAACACUUAGUGAGUUGGAAAGUCGUCAGAAAUUCUAGAUCGACGAAAAAAAAAGACUAACAAUACAAGAAAAAUUAGAAAAAAAAAUUCCUGCAAAAUAUUAUUUUACUGUUUCGAGUUCUCUUCAAAAAAAAAUUUUUGCGUUCAUUAAACUAUUUGAGCGUCACCAUUAGUGUUAUAAAAAAAUUUUUUUUUGAUAUUAUUAUUCGAUUAAAUUUUUUUUCCUAGAAAUUUUGUAAAAAUGAAUAAAUUUCCGAAUUCCACGAGUUAAUAGGGAUGCGAAAUUUUUUUGAGAGCUAUGUUAGAAUUUAUUAGGAAUAUCUUUCGAAUUAUUCUCGAGGUCAAAAAAAUUAGUCAAAGUCAAGAAUUAUUGCAGGAGAAACAAGAUAUUCCGUAUAUUUACCUGACCAAAUGGUGGUUUGGCUGCUUUUUUUGGACCGAGUUCCGUUUUCCCUGGCCUUGAGGUUGGCUUUUAAAUUCAUAUUCUGUGUUUUUGGAUUAUUUGAAAUUUAUUUAAAAGGAGAAAAAAAAAAAUCGAUUUUCACCUUUGUUUUUGGCUCUUUCUAGCUUAUUUUUUGUGAUUUAACACUUUUCAAAGAAGUUUUUGUAGAUUAUGGGACGUUUUCCUCAUCGAAGGAGAUCCGAUACUCAUCGCGAUGGCCCUCAAUAUCAUGAAAAAUGCAUGAAAGUUGGUUUUUUUCACUUUCAAAUGAAUCAAAAUGGAUGAAAUCUAUGAAAAAAAUAGUUUAGAUUUAAGAUAAGGUCAAUUUUGAUCAUCUGGGACAAUUUUGACAGAAGAAAAAUUUGAGAAAAAAACUAAGAUUUAGGGGGGUAAAAUUUGCACUUUCAAGGAAGUCGAUUCACAGAAAAAAAUUUGAGGAACUUUAUUUUUAAAAAAAUAAUGAAAUUUGUUUCCAGGAUCAAUAA